UAGAACACGGGAAUACCUCUUUCGAAAGUCGGUCAGUGUGCUGCUAAGAAGCCCAAGACAGCAGUCCGCUAAAAUCCACCGACAGCUCCGGUAGUGUUAUUCGUUUGUGUCGCGUGUUAUUGUUGUAUUCUAUGACGAUCUGAACGGAUUUUCCAGACUACACCCAACAUUUUUCACCAAACAUUGGUCUAGCUAUGAUUAUUCGUUGGGAAUUGAGUUUAGGUCUUCUCCUUGUGCUUCUCUCGAUAGCAAUCGCCAGGAAAGCAGAGUCGUCCAAAUGCCCCAUGUUGACCGAAUGCCCUUUGCGAGCCCAGCACUGCUCCGAAGACGACGACUGUUCGCCCGAUAGCAUUUGCUGCAAGAGUCCUUGCGGCAAAGUCUGCACCAAGCAGCUUUUCACAGGAUGUCAAACGUUGCGAAUGGCGGCGUCAAGACGGGCCAAAGCUCUAGGUGUCGAGGCCAGGAGUGUGCGAAUGCCACGAUGUAAUAAAUCUGGGGGUUUUGAACCGAUCCAGUGCGAUAAUGAGAUUGUGAGUUCCUGCUGGUGCGUGGACGAAGCCGGCUUCGAGUUGCCGGGGACUCGAGCCCCUGCAGCGGCUCUGGUUAAUUGCACAGUGCCGAAGCCGUGCGCGGACCACACCUGCCGCAUGUUCUGCCCCCACGGCUUCGCCCUCGCCCCUGACGGGUGCCCCCUUUGUCGUUGCCGUGACCCUUGCGAAGGCAUCAAAUGCCCCAACGCUCUCGAAUGCCACCUCGAAGAGCUCGCGUGUGCCGACCCUCCGUGCCCCCCUGUCCCCACAUGCAAGAGGGGACGAAGUUUGGAGAAUAUCUGUCCUGUAGGAGACCCUUUGCGCAUAAGCGAUACCGUCAGACCGUUUCUAUGCGGAAAUGAUCCGGGGAAACCCACUUGUCCCCCUAUGUAUCAGUGUUUAGUCCAGAAAGGGAACGACUAUGGAGUUUGCUGUCCGGCGUCUUUGAAAAUACAGAAAACCGGCACUUGUCCUGAGAAGAUUGAUGCGGGGGACGAGUGUGGACAGAUGUGCAGUCACGAUUUGGAAUGUCCUUCGGUUCAAAAGUGUUGCCAAACACAACAAUGCGGGGCUUCGUGUACCCAUCCCAAGAAUGUUACAGAGUGUUUACAUCAGCGCGCCUUGUCUGAAAUUUUGGCCGUGAGUGAACGAGCAGGCCGAGGUUACGUGCCCCAGUGCUCUGAAGAUGGCCAAUUUGAGCCGAAACAGUGCAGUCGCAACAGCUUAGUUUGUUGGUGUGUCGAUCGCAUGGGACGCAAAAUCCGUGGUUCUAUGGGACCUGCCGGAAAUACCAACUGCUCAAUCUUGGAUGCGCGUAUUCAAUCAUCUGCUCGAAGCCUCGACAAAAGCGGCAAACAAUGCGAAUCGUUAGAAUGUGCCGCUGUUUGCGAGUACGGUUUCAAGCUGGACGAAGAUGGAUGUCCAACAUGCAAAUGUGACGACCCUUGUGAUGGUUACAUGUGUCCCGAAGACGAGGAAUGCAUAAAUGUGAAAGAAUCAACGUGUACGGAUUUUCUAUGCCCGACUUUACCAGUUUGCCGACCAAAAACAAUUUAUGCGAAUCCGUGUGAUCAAGGGGCUCCUUUGACUGACGAUAUAAGUGGAGCACCGGUCGCCUGUGCCCUUCGUUCCGAAGAUGGUACUAUUUGUCCUUCAGAGUACGAAUGCACGGCAGUUCCGGGUUCAACGCAAGCCGUUUGUUGUCCACGAGAAAUGAUAGAAGAGGAAAAUGUCACCGAAAAUCGCCCACAAACAAUGUGUGAAUACUUGCACGACUUUUCCGAAAGUAUGGAAGGAACUCGCGAGGGUAUGACCCUGGCCCUUCCAAGCCCUUCGUGUGAUUCUGAUGGUAAUUACAUCUCAACCCAAUGCCACAAAGGUGAAUGUUGGUGUGUCGACAAUUUCGGUACUGAAAUCCCCCGAACUCGAGGUACCACCCAAAACUGUACCGAACUGAGACAGUCACUGGAUUGUUUGGACUUGACUUGUCGCAUGGGUUGCGAAUAUGGGUUCGUCUUAUCUGAAGAAACAGGUUGUCCCACUUGCCAAUGCCGCGACCCAUGCAGUGGAAUCAAAUGCGAGGAGAACUCACAGUGCCAAUUGGUCGAAGUGAGUUGCAAGGACCAUUACUGCCCUCCUGUCCCAGCCUGUCUCCCUAAAAAACAGGGCCAAUGCCCAUAUUUGGUCCCCGCCACGUCCACGUCCUGCGAUUUUGAGUGCAAUUCGGAUAUGGCUUGCAAUGGUACCAUGCGGUGUUGUUCCAAUGGUUGUGGCACACAGUGCGUGGAACCUCUCCUUCUGACUGCCUGCCAGCACCAAAACGCGCUCUCCCAGCACCAAGCCCACGAAUCCGGAGUACCAGCAGGCCGGGUUUACAUCCCACAAUGCACCCCUGAAGGUGCCUACGAACCCAAGCAGUGCAAUCCUGGUACCAACGAGUGUUGGUGCGUGGAUUGGCGAGGUUUUGAAAUUUCCAAAACCAGGACAAACUCCCAGCUUUCAUGCGAAACAAUCCAACAGUCGGAUUGUCCUCUUUACAAAUGUAUCAACGAUUGUGAGCACGGCUUCGAAAUGGAUGCCAAUGGAUGUCGUACCUGUGAUUGCAUAGACCCAUGCUCGCGCAUUAGCUGUCGUGGGGAAGGCGAGACAUGUCGCUUAGUCCCAGUGGAAUGUACCAACGAACCUUGCCCACCCAUUCCCAUGUGUCUCCCGAAAAAGGACAACCCAUGCCAAAACGGCGACCCCUUGAAACUGGGCAAUAGCGAAGAAAUCGUCACUUGUGGCCCCGACUACGAAACGUGUCCUUCAUCACACAAAUGCCAAUUGAGUCCUGUGGGAGAAUAUGCAGUCUGUUGCCCUAAACCUAGAGAUGUGUGUUUCGAAGCUUUGGAUAAGGGCGAUUGUGGGGAUGAUUUCUCGCGGAAUUUGACGCGUUGGUACUUUAAUUCCCGGACGAACAAAUGCGAGAUGUUUGUGUAUUCGGGUUGUAACGGGAAUCAUAACAACUUCCAUUCGGAGGAAAUGUGCAAUUUGGUUUGUCCCGUCUUGAGCCAGUGUGAAAGAUUAAGAGAGAAGAAUCAAAGGGCGGCGGAGAGGUACCAUAAACCCACUUUUAUGCCGCGCUGUGAAGCUAACACUGGGAACUGGGAGACGGUGCAAUGUUUGGAACAUGUGGGGGUUUGCUGGUGUGUUACCCCACAAGGAGAGCCUCUGAAAGGGACGCUGACAAGGGGGGCCCAGCCCUUGUGUAACUUCAGGCAAGCAAGGAAUCGCGCGGAGGAUCGAGCUGACACCAGCGAGGCCGAUUUAGUUCUUGAGGAAUUAAUGAUGCAAAUCGGUUCGUUCGACGACGAGGAAGAACCGAGCGAUUUGGACGAGCCCUUGGAAGUCCCCUCAAACACCCGAUGCGAAGCUCUAGGUGGCCAAUGCGACACCACCGGUAAAUUCCUCCCAACUCAAUGCGAAGAAGAAACGUGUUGGUGCGUCGACGAAGCCGGCAACCAACUCCUACACACAAACACCUUCAAAAAAGGAGAAAUUACGUGCAAACAAGUUCCAGUCGAGAGUGUUGAAGUAACUCUAGGUUUCCGUGGCGAAUACGACGAUAUUUCUUCGAUCCCGGUCAUUAACCAAGUCACAAAAAUUAUACAAAGUCUUGAGGGGAUUCUCAGUGGCGGCUUCAAAACGGAAAUAAGCGACGAUGUUCUCUACGUUAAAUUUUCUCUAAUUGGGAGCAACAAAGUCGACGUUGCUUAUCGACUGGAACAGCUUGUGAUGCAGCAGAGACUUCCGGGUCUAACUGCUGAUAUCACCAGGUCAAGGGUUACGCAUAAACUGCUCCAGGAGCCGGCACUUGGUGAUCAUUUGGCGCUAGAACACCGGGAAAUUGUGUCGCAGUCGCCGGUUUCGGUGGUGGCUCCUUAUCACACGGCUCUGAUUGUCAUAGCGGCCGCCUCAGCAUUUGUCAUUUGUGUUCUACUCCUUUUGGUUAUUUUGUACAGAAGGAAAAUGAAUAGUCUUAGUAGCACCAAGGUUGGGGAUGAUGCUGGGUUUUUGUCCAACAAUAGGCCAAUUUAUAUUGAACUCCCCAACGAAAAAUACAACACGAUAUCACCAGACGUGAAAACUGAAAAUUCCUAGUUUUGCUAGAUUGCCAUUUGAAUGAAACUUUGUGAUUCGUUUACUGGAAGACUUUAUUAGGAUUACGGUGUUUUUUGGGUUUGUUCAUGUGGCACUAAAUAAAACAAAUAUCUAUUAUUUAUUCAAAUUAUUUAUUUUUAAAACGAUUCUAACGUAGUUAAAGCUGUAUAUAUUAAUUUUAAGAAAUAAAAACUCGAAAAGUUCAA